AUGGGCUGCACGCGGCUGGGGUCCUUCGAGAUGGACCCCUCGGGCAAGAGCAAGGGCCCCCCUCCCGCUGUGAAGAAGGUGCUGUCGCUGUUCAGCAGUGGGCGGGAGGAGGACCGGCUGGUCGGGUACCUCUCAUUCCUCAAGAUCGGCCCCAAGCUGCUCCAGUUCGUCCCCGGCAACAAGGCCCGCGACCUGCGCUCCUGGCUGACCGUCUACGGCUACUGGAACCAGGGCGGCCUGCAAAACGUGGUGGCCAUGUUCUCAUACCUCUCAGAGCAGUACCUCUCCCCCGCCGGCCUCCCCCCGCCGCCGCCGCCGCUGGAGACGCCGCCCACCGGCUGCCUGCACCCCGACGCGCCGGGGCGGUUCUUUGCAGGGCCGGCGGAGUACAUGAGGUGGUACGAAGCCAACGGGAAGCUGCGCGGGACGGGGGCGCCGGUGGUGGGCGUGCUGCUGUACCGCAAGCACGUGAUUACUGAUCAGCCGUAUGUACCGCAGCUCAUCAGCCAGCUGGAAGACGAGGGGUUGAUCCCGGUCCCCGUGUUCAUAAACGGCGUGGAGGCGCACACCGUGGUGCGAGACCAGCUCACCAGCGCCGCGGAGCAGGCCGCCAUCAGCGAGGGCCGCCUGCCGCGCGGCACGCUGCAGCCGGACGCGGUGCGCGUCGACGCGCUCGUGUCCACCAUCGGCUUCCCCCUGGUGGGCGGCCCCGCCGGCACCAUGGAGGGUGGCCGCCAGGCCGAGGUGGCCAAGGCCAUCCUCGGGUCCCUGGACGUGCCCUACGUGGUGGCCGCCCCCCUGCUGAUCCAAGACAUGGAGUCGUGGACGCGCGACGGCAUCGCGGGGCUGCAGGUUGUGAGAGCGUGGGGUUUGUAUGUUGCUGUAGUGUGCGCGUUGCGUGUAUGUACGAUUUUUGCCUGA